AUGACUUCAAGUACUUCAAAAGAUGCAAACUUUGCACUUGUCGGAAUACGACUAGGAGCUAGUAAUAUUGUUGUUGCUUAUUUUAAAGAUGGUCGAAGUGAAACUGUUGUUAAUGAAUUAGGUGAUCGUGUUACACCAACAUUUGUUACAUUCAGUGAAGGAAAUGAUAUUUCCAUGGGACUUCCAGCAAAACAAAAUUUUGCACGUAAUCAACAGAAUACCGUUAUAUGGGCAUCACAUUUUCUCGAGAAACACGAUGAUAAUGAUAUUUUAUUAACAAAGUAUAAUCAAAAAUCUCCCAUAAGUGUUAUUGAAAAUGAAAAUAGAAUAGAAUUUUGUUUAACCAUUGAUGGUAAAACAAAAUCAAUAAAUCUUGAAAGUGUUAUAAUUCACCUAUUAAAUUACGUUCGACAACUUGUUCAAGCUGUUACCGGUUCGCGUGAAGUACAAGCUGUAUUAUCUGUACCUCACAAAAUGACUCAAACAGUUAAUCAAGAAUUGAUUCAAACUUGCAUGAAGAAAGGUGGUAUUGAACUUCAUUCAAUUAUUUCAGAUGCAUGUUCCGCUUGUUUGGCUUAUGAAUUAGAUAAAGAGAGUGGACACGUUGAAAGUAAUAUUCUCGUGUAUCGUCUUGGUGGCUCAACUUAUGAAUGUUCGAUAAUACGAACAGCUGGUGGAUGUCUUCAAACAAUUGCUUCAGUUGAUGGAUUUGAAAACAGUGGUGAUGAUUUUACCGAUCUUAUAAUAGAUGUGAUAGCGGAUGAAUUUCAAAAAAAGAACAAAAGUGAUCCAAGAUUAUCACAAAGAUCAUUACUUAAACUUCGUGCUUGUUCUGAACAAGCUAAACAUGUCCUAUCAACAACACCUGUAACUCAAUGUUCGAUUGACGCAUUAUAUGAUGGUAUUGACCUUGAUUCUAAUAUUAGCAGACUUCGUUUUGACGGUGUAGCUAAUUCUUUAAUUAAUAAUUGUCUAAAACCUAUUGAUAUUGUAAUGGAUAAAGCACAAUUACAACCCGAUGACAUUAAAUUGAUUGUUUUAUGUGGUGGUGGUACAAAAAUUCCUAAACUACGUGAUGCUAUUCAAGAUAGACUACCUAAUGCUGACAUGCUUUCAUCGAUCACUGGUGAUGAAGUCAUUGCACUUGGUGCAGCACGACAAUGUUAUAUUGAAAAUAAAUAUGCUAAAAUUCAAUUGUCAACGGAUAAAAAUAAUUAUGAACGCGUUGGUUCACGUUAUUUUCGUUCACAUUUAAUAAUAACUGACGACCAAAAAGCCGAAAUAAGUGAUAGCGAUGGUGACGGUGACGAAGAUGAUGAAAAAGAAAACGAUCAAAUUGAUAUUGACUGGAAUAAACAUGAAUCUUAUUUACGUAAACUUGAUUUAGGCGAUUGGAAAAAUCAAGAUCAUUAUAAAGUGUUAGGUUUAUCGAAAUUACGUUAUAAAGCAACACAAAAACAAGUACGUAAUGCGCACAAAUUAAUGAUAUUACGUUAUCAUCCAGAUAAAUCUAAACGUAUUGAAAGUGAACGUUUUUCAUUAAUAACUCAUGCUUUUGAACUAUUAUCGAAUCCAACAUUAAGACGAUCAUAUGAUAGUAUUGAUCCAAAGUUCGAUGAUUCAAUACCAAAUCCGACAACAACUGAUAAUUUCUACCAACUAUUUGGGCCUGUUUUUGAACGUAAUGCACGCUGGUCUAUACAUCAACAUGUACCAUUAUUAGGAAAUGAUGAUACAUCAUUUGAACAAGUCGAUAGAUUUUAUCGAUUUUGGUAUGAUUUUGUUUCUUGGCGUGAAUAUUCAUUUUUGGAUGAAGAAGAUAAAUCUCAAGGGCAAGAUCGUGAUGAACGACGCUAUAUUGAAAAAUUGAAUCGUGGUGAAAGACAAAAACGUAAGAAAACCGAAACAACACGUCUAAGAAAUUUAGUUGACCGUGCUUAUGCACUUGAUCCACGUAUAAAAAGACAGAAAAAGGAAGAACAACAACGAAAAGAUGAUGAAAAACUGCGUCGUAAACAAGAAAUUGAUAAAAGACGACAAGAACAAAAACAAAAAGAAAUUGACGAAGCAAAUCGUAUUGCUGAAGAGAAACAACGUGUAGACGCAGAAGCAAAACGUAAACAAGAUGAAGUUAAACGUGAAAAAGACGCCCAAAAAAAAUUAAUUAAAAAAGAAAAGAAACAAUUCCGAGAUUUAUGUAAAGAAUCUAAUUAUUUCAAUGAUGCUGCUGCACCUAAAAAUCUAAAACAGAUUGAACAAAUUGAAACAUUAAUUGAACAUCUUUCUAUUGACGAUUUGAAAGCAUUGAAUGAGAAAUUAAAAGAAGAAAAUGCAGAUCAAUCUUCAAUUGUUCUUUCCGAAGUGAGAAAAAUGGAAGAACAAAUGCAUCAAUCACGUUUAGAAUCAUCUCAACAAUCUUCAUCGUCUUCAUCAGCAUCAGCAUCAAAUUCAAAUUCAAAAAUAAAAUGGACCACAGAAGACAUCGAAUUACUUGUUAAAGCACUGCGAAUAUAUCCAGCUGGUGUACAAAAUCGUUGGUUAGUUGUACAAGAAUAUCUGAAACGUAGUGGUGGAAAUCCGAAUCGUACAGCACAAGAUAUAAUGCAAAAAGCAAAAGAUAUUGGUAGUGGGAAAAAAGAAGUUGCAGAAACAAUAUCAUCAUUAGAAAAUAUUGCGCUCAAUUCACAUAAACAAACAUCAAUGUUAGAAAAUCAAGCUAAACUUAGCCAACUAGAAGUUAGCGAACGUGAUGAUGUCACAACACCAUGGUCAGUUGAUGAACAACGUAUAUUUGAACAAGCAUUAAGAACAUAUCCAGCAACAUUAGGUGCAUCACGAUGGGAUCAAAUAGCUGAAAGUUUACCGUCAAGAACUAAAAAAGAAUGUUUAGAACGUUAUAAAGAAUUAGCUAGAAUGGUUCAAGCGAAAAAAGCAACAAACAAAUCUUAA